UAAUUAUUAAUUAAAUUAAAUCAUUUAAAUUAAGAUUCAAAAAAAAUUAAAAAUAAUUUUUCUAAUUAAAUGAAACAUUUAAAUUCUAAGGAAUCUGAAAUUUUAAAGGUCGUUAUAAGAUUCUUAAGUAUGAAUAAUCCUUCUUGUAAUGUAAUAUAGGAUUUAAUUAAAAAAAUGCAUAAUAAUGAUAUGGAUAAAGAGGAAUUAGAGUAAGAACUUAAUCAAUUGGAACAUGAUAUGAGAGAACAUAAAGAAUCUAUUAAAAUAGAAGUCUAGAAUAUUAAGAAUAAAAAUGGAAGGUAAUUAGAAACUAGUAACUUUUUUAAGCAAUCGAGAAUACCAUGCUCAAAUCCGAGAUUAAGAAAAGUUUCUAAAAACUAAAACUUCACUGUUUGCUUCAAGUCAAAAAAUGAUGCUAUUAAGGGAAUUGAAUAUAUAAAAUAGUAUUAUACAUAUGACAUUAUAGGAUUUACAGAAAAGUCAAAAUCUUAUAUUGAGCAGGAAGAUAAGAAUAAAAAUGAAUUUAGUUAAUUCAUUGAAUAAAUAAUUUAAAAUACCUUUAAAGCUGAUACAAAAAUUAAUUAAAUGGAAGAAAUAACUCUUAACUCAAAAAGAAAAUAAGAAUAACUGAUAACUUAAUAACUUGUUACAAAUGAACUAAAAGAUCAAGUUUGUUUGCCUCUAAAGAAACUGAAAAAAUAAGACACAGAUUAAAUUAAUACUGAUGAUCUUCAAAGCAAUAAUUUGUAGAAUAUGUAAGUAUGUUCUGAAGAAAAUAAAAUAGAACAAGAAAAUAAUUCAAUUGAUUAAUCUUAAAAUGAAAUGACUGAGAAUAAUUUAAAUUUAUAAAACUGUGAUUAAAAUUAAUAAAACUGUUAAGAAGACUAAGAAAAUCACUAAUAAAAUGUACAAAAUUGUUAAGAAAAUAAUUAAUAAAAUCAAUAAAUAUUAGAAAAAUAAGAAAAAUGUGAAAAAAAUGAGGAAAAUUGUGAAAAUGAAAAUAAUUAAGAAAAAUAAGACAAAUGUGAAAAAAAUGAGGAAAAUUGUGAAAAUGAAAGUAAUCAAGAAAAAUAAGACAAAUGUGAAAAAAAUGAGGAAAAUUGUGGACAUAAUCAAGAUAAAUAAGGCACAUGUGAACAUAAUUAAGAGAAUAAUGAACUUAAUUAAGAUAACUCUGAGCAUACUUAAGAAAUAAAAUCUCCUUAAUACAGUUAACAAAUUGAAGAAUUCGAUGAUGAUGAAGAAGAAGUAGAGGUUUAAGUAUUUUCUUAGAGCAAUUAGAAUCUCAAUAACUCUGAAUAAAUUCAAGUUGAAAAUGAUUCUUUGCAAGAAGAAUAGCCUAAAAAUAUCAAUUAAUCAUCAGAAAUAUGCCUUGAUAUUCCAAAUAAUCAACAAUAAGAAAAAAACUUAGAAACAUAAAUUAAUAAAAUUGAUAAUGGUCAAGAAACUAAUUCUCACUUAUAAAUAAAAGUAUUGGAUACAUAAAAUUUAAAAGAGAUUUAGGUGGAAGUGCUAAGUGGCUAAAAUUUGAAUAUGAGUAAUUAGAAUAAAGAUGAAAAACUUCAUCAAAAAACUGAAUAAAAAAAAUCUUAGUAGUCAACUAAAUAGAAUUAAUAACCUAAUUAAUUAAAACAAGAUUCUUAAAACAAAACUGAUAUAAAAAAAACUAAUGGAGAUAAAUAAAUAAACAAAAAUGAGCAAAAAAAGUAAUCACAUUCUCAAAAGCAUGAUAAAGAAAAAUCUUAAUCCAAUCAUAAUGAUAAAAAGAAAGAUACUAAAAAAUCAAAUAACAAAGAUUAACAUCAAAAAAGUUCAUCUAAAAGCAAUCCAUAGCCACCUGAAAAGUAAAAAAGCAUUAACAAACUAAAAGAACAAAAGAAGCAUAAUUAAAACAGAUCCUAAAAGAAAACUAAAAAGAAUUGA